AUGCCUUCUGACACCCAGCCUCAUCCUGAUCCUAGCGCGGACGAGCCUAACCCAGAAACACCCAGGAAUGUCUCAACUGGCAAAGUCGACUACACUCCCAACCCAUCAAAUUCCAUCCCACUCUCCUCGAACCGCCAAUCCAUCCCUCAAAAAAUCACCGCUUUCUAUUCUGGCCAAGCUUCCGAGUCCAAUAUGUCCGUCUACUCCGAACAAGCCAUCUACGACGAUCCCUUCAGCUAUUGCGACACUCGCUACAAAAUCGCCGGCCAAUGGUACGGAAUCCCCAAGCUCUUUUCGAAAUCCGAAACUCUGGCGACGGAAGUGAUCUCUUCUAGUGAGGAGGAAAUGGUGUGGAAACAACGGCAGAGGUACACCCUCGUCGGCGUAAAUUUGACGAAGGAGGUGGAUAGUUUGAUUAGUCUGAAGUUGGACGGGGAGGAGAAGGUGGUUUACCAUAAGGACAUGUGGAACGAGAAGGAUUAUUCGCAUGGGGGGUUGGGGAUGUUGAUUAAGAAGUUGAACGGGUGAGUACAUUCUCGUUGUCCUGCUAUUGCCAGUUAUCCCUCUUGAGAGGAUUGCCGAUGCUGACUCUUGUCCCCACAGGGAUAAACUCACACACAUCACGAAGCCUCCAGAGUCUACCUGA